ACUGCAAAAACAUCGCACUUUGGUAAAUCGCGCAUGCAAAGCCAUCCGGAAAACAAAAUAUACAAAAGUGUGAAGAGUGAAAAAGUCGUGAGAUUUGUGUGUCUAGCCUCUUCAAUUUAUUCAAAAUAUGACUGCCCCGGAAGAGAUAAAUGGCGUCGACGAAACAACCGACAAGCAAAAGCAGAAAAAGGCCUCCAAGCAUGAUAGCGGCGCGGCAGAUCUGGAGCGAGUUACGGACUAUGCCGAGGAGAAGGAAAUAAGCUCCAAGGAGAUCUCCAACGCAGUCAGUAUGUUUGAAGACAAACGGAAUAAGGAAAAUGAAGAAAAACUAGCCAAAGAACAGGAACUGCAGAAGGUGCAGGUCAAAAAAGAAGACAUUGAACUGAUCAUCCGAGAAAUGGAAAUCUCCCGACAAAAGGCAGAAGAAACAUUGCGAGUGCACAGGGGCGAUGUGGUGGCAGCCUUGGAAGCACUAACGAACUAGUGCAUCGGCGGAAAUCGAUCUGCAAGCGGUGUACACUACUGCAGAUCUUCACCGAAGCUAGUUAUACGACGGAAUCCUUCAGUUCACCAAGACCGCUUAUUUAUUUUCAAUCUGCUUAUGUUUCGGACUAUGGGACAGAUCAAUGCCAAUAAUACAUCAGUAGGUAAAUUUAA